CCAAUUGCGUCGUAUUGCUAUUUCAUUGACAACAACUCUUUGUGUAUUCUCUACGAUAACGAAUAUUUAUUGUAACCAAAUAGUUUAUUAUAAAUCAAUUAGUUUAUUAUAUAUCACAUCACAGUGUUAAAAUGGAGAGCGGUAAAUCUGAAUCUACCCCGAAACAAGCUAUGGUAUACAUUUGUGGAGAAUGUCAUCACGAUAAUGAGAUUCGUGCCAAAGAUGCAAUUCGAUGCAGAGAAUGUGGAUAUAGAAUCAUGUACAAAAAGCGUACAAAAAGACUUGUUGUAUUCGAUGCACGAUAAAUACUUGAGCAGCAGAUGAUGGAGAGCAGCACUAUUUUUUAUUUACAUCUGUUAAAAUAUUUAUUUCACAUA